UUUGGGCAUAGUUCUAAACCCUAACUGCAAUUUACGAUUGUUCUUCUGCAAAAUCCAGUCCGAAAAUUCAACCUAGUGACAGUGAAUUCGAGAGCGUCCGUAAGGGAACAUACUCCUUCAUGAAGGGUGGUCUAAGCAUUUCUCGCCGCGUUACGCGAUCAACGACCACGCUUGAUCGUAACUCCUUGACGCUUCCUGUUGAGGUCGUUACAGAGAUACUCUCGAGGUUGCCGUCGAAGUCCAUAGCGAGAUGCCAUUGCGUAUGCAAGCUCUGGUCCUCCGUGAUCCGCAGUCAAGAUUUCACAGAGCUGUUCUUGACCAAAUCUUGUGCUCGUCGUCCUCAGCUUCUCUUUGCAUGCGAAGGUCGCAGCGAGAUACACUUCUUCUCGUCGCCUCAGCCUGAAAAUCUUGAAGACAACUCGUAUGUCGUAGCCACCAAUCAUAUUGCACGUUCCCCACGUUACUAUAAACUGUUUGGUUGUACCAAUGGCUUCUUCUGUUAUGGAGCUGAACGGAUCUUAAAGGGGUGGAAUAAUCGAUGGAUUGUCACGGUGAUAUGUAACCCCAGCACAGGACAGUCCUUGACCUUACCAAGAUUGAAAACGAGGAUCAGGGUUGAAGCGGAAAGCUAUCUUGGAUAUGACCCCAUUGCAAAACAGUUCAAGGUGUUGUCUGUAUGUGAUGAUGGUAAGGAGUUUCAUGUUCUGACAUUAGGAACCAAGAAACUGUCGUGGAGGUUGGUCGAAUGUUGCAUACGACAUUAUUCUUCUGGUAAGUGGAUAUGCAUCAGUGGCGUUUUGUACUAUAUAGCUAAAGAAAUCAGAUAUUCGGUGGAAUCUAUGGUAGUUUGUUUUGAUUUGAGGACUGAGAAGUUCAGCUUUGUGAACCUCUUGAGGCGUUUCAAUAGAUCUCAUUCAACAACUCUGACAAACUACAAUGGCAGAUUAGGUUUUCUUAUGUCGUCGGAAGAUUAUUAUGUUACUCGAUCAUGUAAAAGAUUUGAGCUGUGGGUUCUUCGAGACGUUGCAAAACAUGAGUGGUCCAGGCAUGUUUACGUAUUACCACCAGUUUGGAAGGGUGUAGUUGAGGAUAGAUUGGAUAUUGCUGGAAUGGUUGGUGUAGAUGAAAUUGUUUUGACCCCCUGUUUCCAAAGAGUGUCUUCCUGUGUCAUCUACUACAAUGUCAAGAGCAAGACGAUCAGAGAAGUUGGAAUCCAAGGAAUGGAGGCGUUUCAGGGUAAGAGGCUAAACACCUACCUCAACUAUGUUGAGAAUGUGAAGUUUCUUUAAGCAUU